GAGGCGGCUUCCCGAAGUCAGAGGGGAGGGGGCCAAAAAAGUCGGCGGGGGACGGGAAGCGCGAGCUCGCGCCGGACGCGGCCAGAGCCGGGAAACCAGAACCGGAACCGGAACCCGCGCGCGCGUCCGCGGUUGCACAGCCCCCACCGCCGCCGGCCUCCUCGGCUGUCUGCGCGCGCGCCCGCGAGGGCCUCCAGAACCCGGCGAGCCGGCCCUGCGCGGGGAGACGCCGCAGCCUCCGCCUUCGCCUCCCGGACCAGGGCUUCCAGGCCGGGCCGGACGGGCAUCUCCCGCCCCUCGCGGGGAGCGUCGGGGAGGAGCCGCCGCCUCUGGCGAUUGCGGAAGAGUCCGGGCCUCAAAGGGAUGGGGAGCAGUCCGCGGCGCUGAGAGACCCGGGUCCCUGUCACCUCGGGCCGCGGGACCUCUACCCCGGCGCCCGCGGCUCGUCCCAGCACCGGGAACCUGGUGGGGGCGGCGAGCACAGGAGGAGCCCCGGGCCCAGGACAUGGAAUCGCGCGAGCCCGGCGCGGGACGGCCGGAGACGCGGCCAACGCUGCAGCCACGAGCAGCCGGCAGCCCCAGAUAGAGAGCCGGGAGGGAGGGCCCCGGCCCUUGCCGCGGCGGGGAGUUCGAGGCCCCGAGACUCCGGAGGAGGAGCCGACACCCGUCCGUGAGCUGAUCCCGCCCCAGCCCCGGCGGGAGUCCCGGGUCCCCUUCCCACGGCGCGCGGAUUUCCCUCUCUGAGGAAGUUUAUCCUUGUGCCUUCUGGAGGAUUUCUUGCUAGCUCGACUCACUCUGGACUGACUCGCUCCCUGGCUUUCUCAAUUUGUUUUGGGAGAUAACUUGUUUUGCUCCAAGCCGCAUCCGUUGACCCCUUCCAAUCGGAUGGUCUAGAUGAGUGAAUGGAGUUUUGAGUUGGACUUUUGUGUCCCUGACGGAGUUGGGCCUGAUCCCAGAGCACUGGGGGUGGGGAGGAGGUGUUACUGUAAAAUGCAAAUUGGAUAAAAGGAGGACCUCUCGCCAAGGGCCCCAAUGAGUGGCACACAGUCUACUAUCACCGACAGGUUUCCCCUCAAAAAACCUAUAAGGCAUGGAAGUAUUUUGAACCGAGAGUCACCAACAGAUAAGAAGCAGAAAGUUGAGCGCAUUGCAUCACAUGAUUUUGAUCCCACAGGUCUUGUUCAACGUUGUGUAAUCAUCCAGAAAGAUGACAAUGGAUUUGGGCUGACGGUCAGUGGAGACAAUCCAGUCUUCGUACAGUCUGUCAAAGAAGAUGGAGCAGCCAUGCGGGCUGGAGUACAGACAGGUGAUCGAAUCAUCAAGGUGAAUGGAACUCUGGUGACUCAUUCAAAUCAUCUGGAGGUGGUGAAGCUAAUCAAAUCUGGUUCCUAUGUAGCUCUCACUGUUCAGGGACGCCCACCUGGGUCGCCCCAGAUUCCACUUGCCGACUCUGAAGUAGAGCCAUCAGCCAUUGGACAUAUGUCUCCCAUCAUGACAUCUCCUCAUUCACCUGGAGCAUCUGGGAAUAUGGAGAGAAUCACUAGUCCUGUGCUCAUGGGGGAGGAAAACAAUGUGGUUCAUAACCAGAAAGUAGAAAUUCUGAGAAAAAUGUUACAGAAAGAACAGGAACGGCUACAGUUAUUGCAGGAAGAUUACAACCGAACACCUGCCCAAAGAUUGCUAAAAGAGAUCCAAGAGGCCAAGAAACACAUUCCUCAGCUGCAAGAGCAGUUAUCCAAAGCCACAGGCUCUGCUCAGGAUGGAGCUGUAGUUACACCCUCCAGACCUUUAGGGGACACCCUAACAGUCAGUGAGGCAGAAACAGAUCCUGGAGAUGGACUGGGCAGGACUGACUGUAGCAGUGGAGAUGCUUCUCGGCCCAGUAGUGACAAUGCAGAUAGUCCCAAGAGUGGCCCAAAAGAAAGGAUUUAUCUAGAGGAAAACCCAGAGAAAAGUGAAACAAUUCAGGACACUGACACUCAAUCACUUGUCGGAAGUCCCUCAACCCGUAUAGCACCUCAUAUUAUUGGAGCAGAAGAUGAUGAUUUUGGUACUGAACAUGAACAGAUCAAUGGACAGUGCAGCUGUUUCCAGAGCAUUGAAUUACUAAAAUCUCGCCCGGCUCAUUUGGCUGUUUUCUUACACCAUGUAGUUUCACAAUUUGACCCUGCAACUUUGCUCUGUUACCUCUAUUCAGACCUGUAUAAACAUACCAAUUCCAAAGAAACUCGUCGCAUCUUCCUUGAGUUUCAUCAGUUCUUUCUAGAUCGAUCAGCACACCUGAAAGUUUCUGUUCCUGAUGAAAUGUCUGCAGAUCUAGAAAAGAGAAGACCUGAGCUAAUUCCUGAGGAUCUGCAUCGCCACUAUAUCCAAACUAUGCAAGAAAGAGUCCAUCCAGAAGUUCAAAGGCACUUGGAAGAUUUUCGGCAGAAACGUAGUAUGGGACUGACCUUGGCUGAAAGCGAGCUGACUAAACUUGAUGCAGAGCGAGACAAGGACCGAUUGACUUUGGAGAAGGAGCGGACGUGUGCAGAACAGAUUGUUGCCAAAAUUGAAGAAGUAUUGAUGACUGCUCAGGCUGUAGAGGAAGAUAAGAGUUCCACCAUGCAGUAUGUUAUUCUCAUGUAUAUGAAGCAUUUGGGAGUAAAAGUGAAAGAGCCUCGAAAUUUGGAGCACAAAAGAGGUCGGAUUGGAUUUCUUCCCAAAAUCAAGCAAAGUAUGAAGAAAGAUAAAGAAGGGGAAGAAAAAGGGAAGCGAAGAGGAUUCCCCAGCAUCCUGGGACCCCCACGGAGACCAAGCCGUCAUGACAACAGUGCAAUUGGCAGAGCCAUGGAACUACAGAAGGCGCGCCACCCUAAGCACUUAUCCACACCCUCAUCUGUGAGUCCUGAACCUCAGGACUCUGCCAAAUUGCGCCAGAGUGGGUUAGCAAAUGAAGGAACAGACGCUGGAUACCUGCCUGCCAAUUCCAUGUCUUCUAUAGCUUCAGGGGCCUCUUUUUCCCAGGAAGGAGGGAAAGAGAAUGAUACAGGAUCAAAGCAAGUUGGAGAAAUGCCAGCACCUGGAGACACCUUAGAUGGCACACCUCGUACUCUCAAUACUGUCUUUGAUUUCCCAGCCCCUCCAUUAGACCAAGUGCAGGAGGAGGAAUGUGAAGUAGAAAGGGUGACUGAACAUGGGACACCAAAGCCCUUUCGAAAGUUUGACAGUGUAGCUUUUGGAGAAAGUCAAAGUGAGGAUGAACAAUUUGAAAAUGACUUAGAGACAGAUCCACCCAACUGGCAGCAGCUUGUUAGUCGAGAAGUGUUAUUGGGACUAAAACCUUGUGAGAUCAAAAGACAGGAAGUGAUUAAUGAAUUGUUCUACACUGAAAGAGCUCAUGUUCGAACACUGAAGGUUCUUGAUCAAGUAUUCUAUCAGCGAGUGUCCAGAGAAGGAAUUCUGUCACCCUCAGAGCUACGGAAAAUUUUUUCAAACUUGGAAGAUAUUCUUCAACUUCACAUUGGAUUGAAUGAACAAAUGAAGGCUGUUCGAAAGAGAAAUGAGACCUCUGUUAUCGAUCAGAUUGGGGAAGAUUUGCUGACAUGGUUCAGCGGACCAGGAGAGGAGAAAUUGAAACAUGCUGCUGCUACCUUUUGCAGUAACCAACCUUUCGCCCUGGAAAUGAUCAAGUCUCGUCAGAAAAAGGAUUCUCGAUUUCAGACUUUUGUGCAAGAUGCUGAAAGUAAUCCACUGUGUCGUCGUCUUCAACUGAAGGAUAUUAUUCCCACUCAAAUGCAAAGGCUUACUAAGUACCCACUUCUGUUGGAUAAUAUUGCUAAAUACACAGAAUGGCCAACAGAAAGGGAGAAGGUGAAGAAAGCUGCAGAUCACUGUCGUCAGAUCUUAAAUUAUGUAAAUCAGGCUGUCAAGGAGGCAGAAAACAAGCAGCGCCUAGAAGAUUAUCAGCGUCGCCUUGAUACCUCCAGCCUGAAGUUGUCAGAGUACCCAAAUGUUGAAGAGCUCAGGAAUUUGGAUUUAACAAAAAGGAAGAUGAUUCAUGAAGGGCCAUUGGUUUGGAAGGUGAAUAGAGAUAAAACUAUUGAUUUAUACACAUUGCUGCUGGAAGACAUUCUUGUACUGUUACAAAAGCAGGAUGAUAGACUGGUUUUAAGGUGUCAUAGUAAGAUUCUGGCAUCUACAGCUGAUAGCAAACACACGUUUAGCCCUGUCAUUAAGUUGAGUACAGUGUUGGUUCGACAAGUGGCAACAGAUAACAAAGCUUUAUUUGUCAUUUCCAUGUCAGACAAUGGAGCUCAGAUUUAUGAACUGGUGGCACAGACAGUUUCUGAAAAGACUGUCUGGCAGGACCUAAUCUGUCGGAUGGCUGCAUCAGUGAAGGAGCAAUCCACAAAGCCAAUUCCAUUACCACAGUCAACACGUGGCGAAGGAGAUAAUGAUGAAGAAGAUCCUUCAAAAUUAAAAGAGGAACAGCAUGGCAUUUCAGUCACUGGUUUGCAGAGUCCAGACAGAGAUUUGGGAUUAGAAUCUACCUUAAUAUCGUCAAAACCUCAGUCUCAUUCACUGAGUACCUCUGGGAAAUCAGAGGUACGUGAUCUGUUUGUGGCUGAGAGACAGUUUGCAAAGGAACAACAUACAGAUGGGACACUAAAGGAAGUUGGAGAAGAUUAUCAAAUCGCAAUCCCAGAUUCACACCUGCCUGUCUCAGAAGAACGGUGGGCAUUGGAUGCACUAAGAAAUUUGGGUUUGUUGAAGCAGUUGCUGGUGCAACAGCUAGGUUUGACUGAGAAGAGCACUCAGGAAGACUGGCAACAUUUCCCAAGAUAUAGGACAGCCUCUCAGGGGCCGCAGACAGACAGUGUCAUCCAGAACUCUGAAAAUAUUAAGGCCUAUCAUUCUGGUGAAAGACAUAUGCCCUUUAGAACUGGAACUGGUGACAUUGCAACUUGUUACAGUCCACGGACUUCAACUGAAUCUUCUGCUCCACGGGAUUCAGUGGGACUGGCACCCCAGGAUAGCCAGGCAAGUAACAUUUUAGUAAUGGACCACAUGAUUAUGACCCCAGAGAUGCCUACCAUGGAGCCAGAAGGGGGUCUUGAUGACAGUGGAGAGCACUUUUUUGAUGCCCGUGAAGCACAUAGUGAUGAGAAUCCAUCAGAAGGUGAUGGAGCAGUUAACAAGGAAGAGAAGGAUGUUAAUUUACGCAUCUCAGGAAACUAUUUGAUCCUUGAUGGCUAUGACCCAGUGCAGGAGAGUUCCACAGAUGAGGAGGUUGCUUCCUCACUUACCCUGCAGCCCAUGACAGGCAUCCCUGCUGUGGAAUCCACCCACCAGCAGCAACAUUCUCCUCAGAACACUCACUCAGAUGGGGCAACUUCACCAUUCACCCCCGAAUUUCUGGUCCAGCAGCGCUGGGGAGCUAUGGAGGAUUCCUGUUUUGAGAUCCAGAGUCCCUCCUCUUGUGCAGAUUCGCAGAGCCAGAUCAUGGAGUACAUUCAGAAGAUAGAGGCUGACCUUGAACACUUAAAGAAGGUGGAGGAAAGUUACACCAUUCUUUGCCAAAGGCUGGCUGGAUCAGCCCUCACAGACAAGCACUCAGAUAAAAGUUAGAGCCGCAUGUCCUGGAGGUGACUGCAGGUUGUUGGAUUUGGAGUAUCGGCCACGUCGCACCACAUCCUGGCUCCAGUGUGGAUGCAGAGAGAGUGUGACAGAGGAUCUGCCUGUGAACCACCUGGGAUUAGUCAUGUCCCAAGGUGCCCAGAGUGGGACUAGUUCUUCACAGUGUGGCAGCUGCACUAAUCUGUUUGUGAGGGAAUAUCCAUUCCCUCACUCUACUCUCCUCACUAUUGGAAAUUCAUUUUGAUUCAGAAUAAAAACCAAAUGUAUAGAGCUUUGGGUGUAGGAUAUGAAAUUGUACUUAGAUUUAAGAAAAAGAGAAAAUCAGAUGUAUUUAUUUGACUUCAUUCCGUAUUUGAAAGCACAUUUUAAUUUUUAUUUGCCUUGUUUUGUUUUAAUUGAGUAGUGAGAGUUUUAGCCCUUUGUCUUUAGCACACCCAAGGAUCGACUGCUCCUGAAGCAAAGAGGUCAGGAUGGGGUAUGCGGAAGUUGGGUAGAGAGGUGAAGAAGAGGAAGAAGUGAGAAGGGGAAGGGAGGAGCACCUUGCUUCACUAUACUGUAUUCCAAGCUCUCUGCUGUCCAGUAGGCUCCUUCUCUGAGGGUCACCUCAAAGGUAUGCUAUGCCCUGUGGCUCUUAUGUGCCCAGGUGGUGUGGUCAGAGAGUGGAUGGGCUUCCUCCCACCCUGAGGCAAGCACCUCUUCUCUGUAGCUGGGAUCAACCACAAUUAACAGGAAUCCUCAACAUACUAAAUAGCAGGCACUUGAAAAUGGGUGUUUUCUCCUCCGUUGUCGUCUUUUCUAUUGAGGGUUGGGAUUUGGGUGGGAGAGGAAAGCAAAUUUUAUUUUCUUGACUAUAAAUUUGUUAUUCUUGGUAUCAUUUCAUUUUUAUAAUUAUACAUUAGACAUUGGCACUUGCGUAAAACCGUCCCUGCAGAUUGAGCAGGAAGUAAAAACAAAUGGAAAUGCUUCGGAUAGUGGCAGGGGUGGGGGUUGCUAAGGAAGGGGUGGGAUGGGAGUGGGUAAAGAGUUUGGGAAGGUUAUCUAACUGAAUCACUACUGAGUUGAAUCAUGGCUAUCAUUAGCCACGGGUACUGCUGAUUAUAAGGCCAGUAAAAUUUUAGUACCUGGAGGUUUGACUCUAAUUUUUGCACUGAUGGUGCCAAAGGGUCCUGAGUCAAAAGGAAAGCCAAGGGUGGAGUGGAGAAAGAUAUGGUGAAGGCAGAACUGCUCACACCAGCUCCAGAAGCACUUCCUCUGACUUCACUGCUGCAGCUCUUUCCACACUGGGCCAUGAUUGACCCUAAAAAUAGCAGACCAGCACAUACACUGGACACUGCAGGCAAGGUGUUGGUAACUGCCUGCUCUAGGAUGAAUAGUAGCGUUAGCAGCACCCUACAGAGGAUAAGUUUCAGAAUUGUAAUUUGAGAACUCCUUCAAUUAUAUUGACUUUCUUUGGUUUUCCUUGUGCAUUAGGUAUAUAUUUUUUGAAGUAUUUUUGCCAACUAAAAUGAAGUCUGUAAAUUCUGUUAAUAAACAAGGAGUUCAUCCAUUGCUCACAUCUUUCAUUGGUGCCCUCUGAACUCUGUGGGUUGCUAGGAUGUAAUUUUAAUGCUUCCCUGCAGUCCAAAGAUUAUUUUUACACCACAAAUGGUAAGGGAUGCCCACCUACUUUUAUAAACACCACUACAACUUAACAAGUUUAUUUAUCUAUGUUCAGAUUUCUGUUUCUGUCCUAAACUGAUCUGUGUUUUUAGGUGGAUCAACUUGGAUCUUUAGACCUCAUCUAUAAAUUGAAAUUAUAUUUUUAGUCAUAAGCCAAGUAUAAUCUAACUCAGAAUGGGAUUAAAAAUUUUAGAAGCAGAAGCUAAUAUAUAAAUGAAGUUUGGGAUUUGGAACUUUCUAUAUCUCUUAGGAGAAACAAGUAAAAACCAAAUGGUUACAUUGUGCUGCUAGAAAUAAUGUCAUUCUUAAUUAAAAGGGUUACACCUGUAGCCACUUGACACUAACACCAUGGGGGCAAUUAAUCAGGAGAAAAGUAAAUAUAAAAACUUUCCUCUUAACUUCACACACUACAGGGUAAUUUUGUAAUUCUCUAGCACUCAAUUAAGAAGCUUAUAGGUUAGCAAAAUUUCAGUUUCUCUAGUUCAGCCAGUAUCUUGUCCUUAGUAAUUAUUUGCUUUCCCUGCAGUUCAGUUUCUCCUUGGAACUCUAACAGGACUAACUGGAAAAAUACUUUGACCAUAGCUCUAGUACUUCCAAACAAAUUCAUUUCUAGAUUUUCAAACAAAGCCCCAAGACAAAGUCUAAUUCUGAAAUUAUCUCACAAUUUUUGAAUGUUCUUUUUAUCUUACCGACCUAACUUCUCUUCUCCCUCCCAACUUGGCCUCCCACGCCUUCCAUGCCUUCCAUUUCAUUUUGGCCAUUAUAAUCACAUCCAUUUGACUUUGGUUAUGACAUCUUCCUUUCAGCAUGAUGGAAUUAGAUAUGCAGCCUGUCUUUGAGUGAGACUGGUCACCAUCAAAGGAGUUUUCUCUAAGUGACGUGACUGGAAGUUGAAAUCUACUUCCCUGCUAAAGGGCACAAGGGUGGUGUACAAAGAAAGCUACCUUCCCAGAGCAAGCAGGCUGCAUUUUAGCUAUGGAAGUGACCUGCUGUGACACUGUGCUCUCUUCUGUGGGCUUAAUGGCUCCUUUGCUAUGAAGUGGCAAAUUACAUGUAGAGUGUCUCCUUCCUUUUCAGAGAACAGUUAAUCAAGGCAAAUCAGUAAGCCCCCAAAGUGCUGUAAUUUAACAUCAUGAUUACUACCUUCGAAGCUAUAUAUUUUGCAUACUUUAAAAUCACCUAACUUGGACUGCUUGAAUUAUAUUGGCUUUUAGAACCGAAAUUGUAACUAUGUAUUAUAUUAUAUUUCAUGGGAGGUAUAUUUCAUAAGCUUUUUGGCUUUCUUUUUUUGCCACAGCAACUUCUAAUGAAGGAUGAAUUCCCUUUUUAAAAAGUUUUUGUUGUUGUUGUUUAUUUGAUUUUGGGGUAGGAGGGAUAAUAGAGAAGUCCAUUUAAAAAUUAUUUUUAGAAGCUAAAGAAAGUAAUUAUGCUUCCUGUGAAUUGCCUUUUACUGGCAUCUUUGUUUUCCUCUUUGAUGUUAGUAAAUUUGGUGUAACACAUGGGGCUUCCAUAUUUCAAAGUGGAACCUUUCUUCUCUGAAUUCGAUAUAUGGUUUUGAAUUACUAGAGCUUUGGUCAAUAUUUCCUUCCCUAUAUGUCACAGAGGGCACCAUUGAGAACUGUGUGCAUGGACCUCAAAAUACAAAAUUAGCAGGACCUUACAGUCAGCUUCCUAGUGGCUGGUUUUUCCCCCUUAUAUUACAAUUUUUGUUUUAUAAAUCAUUUUUUUCCUGAUAUUUCCACCACUUUUCAGAGUCAUCUACAAAAUUUUUCUUUCCUCAAGAAAAGUGUUCCUUUUGCCUUAUUCCUUAUGCCUUCCCCACUGGUAUUGAGGGUUUUGAUAAUAAAUUGAUAGGAAAAAAAGUACCUCCUAGAAGGAAGCCUUCCCCACCAUUUCCAGGUGCCAACUGCUAAGCAGAUAUAUUCCAAAAAUGGUAACUGUAAUGUGCACACUGUUGGUUAUUUUUAAUAAGCCUCUUCCUACUAGAACAUUUUAUUUUCCUUGUUCACCAUACAAUCAUGUACUCUUUAACAGAAACUGCUUUUAAAAAAUAUCUGGAACUAUCUUUAAAAAAACUUUAUUAAUAAUCAUGUAUUUUUACUGAUCACAUUUUGAAAUGCCUAAAAGACUUUAUUGUUCUAAUUAUCCAGAUGUACCUUUGUAAAAUAGCUCUUUUAUGAAUUAGCUGAUAAGGCUGUAUGUUUCUGGAACAAAAUAUUGGUCAUCUAAAAACUUUCUGUUUUCUGGGGUCUGGGAAAAUAGAAAAUAAGAGUUCAAAUAUUAAAUAAGCUUAAAGGAA